AGUCGCUCGGUCGACAGCCCCUCACGACAGUACGGGAGCCCGUUUUCGACGUCUUCUCAUCUAAAAAGGGUUUCUCGCAUUUGCUGAGGACAUCAGAUUGCAGUUUGCAGCAUGAUUGUUAAUGCAGAUGCGCGGCUCGUGCGAUGCUCCGCGCCUUCUGGCCUUCUUGGAAGCAGAUAUUCCUUCAGGGGGUCCAGACUUGACCCAAGACGUCUUCUGCUUCGUACUGCACGAAAAUCGGUCCCGCGCGCUGCAGCUCUUCAGACCGACGAAAAUCAGACCUCGACUGUCAUUUCCAAUUCCAAAUCAGUGGCAGCAGUAAUUCUUGGGGGUGGAGCAGGAACGCGCUUGUACCCACUUACAAAGUCGCGAGCAAAACCGGCAGUGCCGAUCGGCGGGGCAUAUCGCCUUAUCGACGUCCCCAUGUCUAAUUGUUUGAACUCGGGAAUCUCAAAAAUGUACAUUCUUACACAAUUCAAUUCCGUGUCGCUGAACCGUCACCUUGCUCGGACCUACAACUUUGGAAACGGCAUCAUGUAUGGGGGCAGUGGCUUUGUUGAGGUUCUUGCAGCAACACAGACCCCGGGUUUAGGUGGAAAAGAAUGGUUUCAAGGCACCGCCGACGCGGUCCGUCAAUACUCGUGGCUGUUUGAGGACGUAAAGAACAAAGAUGUUCAAGAUGUUGUUAUUUUGUCUGGUGACCACCUUUACCGGAUGGAUUACAUGGCUUUCGUUGAUCGUCACCGGGAAGUGAAUGCAGAUAUUACCAUUGGCUGCCUGCCAAUGGAUGGCGAGCGUGCUUCUGACUUUGGACUCAUGAAGAUUGAUAAAACUGGUCGCAUAACAGAAUUUGCAGAAAAGCCGGAAGGAAAUGAUCUGUUGGCUAUGCAAGUUGACACGACUGUCCUUGGAUUAAGUCCUGAAGAAUCACAGGCAUCUCCUUACAUCGCGUCGAUGGGAAUAUAUGUUUUCAAAAAGUCCGCACUGAUUUCCUUUCUCAACUCAGAGUAUCCGAAGGAUAAUGACUUUGGCGGGGAGAUAAUUCCGAAAGCAGCAGCUGACGGGUAUCACGUGCAAGCUUAUCUCUUCAAGGACUACUGGGAAGAUAUUGGCACGAUCAAGAGUUUUUUUGAAGCUAACCUCGCCCUUGCUAAACAUCCUCCCCAGUUUGAAUUUUAUGAUGCGAGGGCCCCUAUCUACACUUCUCCUCGCUUCCUACCACCUGCAAAAAUCGAGAAGUGCCAUGUAAAAGAUGCGAUCAUAUCUCAUGGUUGCUCUCUUGCUGACUGCUGUGUGGAGAACGCGAUCGUAGGUCUCCGUUCACAAGUUGGAAAGGGGUGCAAGAUAGAGCGGGCUAUGAUAAUCGGGGCCGACUUUUACGAAUCUGAGGACCAGAAAGCGAAGGUUAUUGCUUCGGGCGGGGUACCUGUUGGAAUAGGUGAAGGGUGCACCAUCACCAAUGCCAUCAUUGACAAGAAUGCUCGUAUAGGAAAGAACUGCAUCAUAACAAAUGCAUCUGGGAUUGAUGAUCUUGAGGAUGAAGAAAAUGGAGUUUAUAUACGCUCAGGUAUUGUCACCAUUCUUCGCAAUGCUACCAUCCCUGAUGGGACAGUUAUUUAAAACUGUUUUUUUUUUUUUUCGAUCUCCUCAAGUGUCUGUGCUGAGAACGGCACCUGUUCAGUCAAAGUAGAUGAUGCAAUGCUACUUAAAUCCGGAAAACUCUGCAGCCAACGCCUCUUUGCAAUCCUGAAUAUAUAAUAAAACCUAAACUGGUGAAGAAACAAAAGUGGUCUGCACGUCUCACCCUCAGAAUAAUAGAGUCUGCAGCCGAUCCACUCGGUCGAAUUUUCUCAACUUUACAUCGCUUCUGACCUGGAUCAAAUUCUCUGAAAUAAUAGCCCCCCGAGUACGAUUAACGGUACACGAUAAAAAAUACCAAGUGGAAGAACAUAGUCUUUUUUGUUAGUACUCAGCGAUGUCUGUUUCCCUUC